UUUUUUUUAUGUUUUUAUGUACUCAUUGGUCUUUUUCCUUGUUUAUUUUUUUUUAAAUUUUAUUUUUUUUUGCAGCUUAAUUUUUUUCUUUUUUUGAUGAAUAAGUUUGCUGGAUUUCUUAAACAAUCAAAAUUGCUUUUCUUGGGUGCUGCAGUGAGUGCUGGUGGAGGUUGUUUGUAUUUGUCAACUUUACCAAUUGUUCCAAGCUCUGAAGAGAAGAAAAUUAGAUAUGGGUCUGUUGAAAAAGAAGCAGUAAAUGUAGGAAAACCACAAAAUGGUAUUUGGACUGUUAGUGUAUAUGAAGAGGGUGUGGUAAAGAAAUGGGACAGCAAUUGGGACUUUCGUGAUCCUUUGUCAAUUGUAAAUCACAAAUGUGAAAGAAAGGAAUUGACUGAACAACAAAAGGAGGAAUUACUUGCUAAAUGCACGCCAAAGGCUGUGAGGAAUAUUUUUUUAGUAAGGCAUGGACAAUAUUUUGAUCAGGAAGAUGAAAAGGAUGCGAGGAAGCUUACUCCUUUAGGUCGUGAACAAGCUGAACUUCUUGGAAAGCGUUUGACUGAAGCUAAAAAUAAAUUUAAAUAUGAUAAAUGUGUUUUUUCUACUUUGAUAAGAGCAAAAGAAACUGGCGAAUUAAUGAAGAAAAAUAUGCCCCAUUUAGAAAUUGAGUGUUCGUUGGAUUCCAUGUUGGAAGAGGGAGCGCCAUAUCCUCCAGAGCCGCCAAUUUCUCAUUGGAAACCAAAAUCUGCAUUCCAUACUGACGGGGCAAGAAUUGAAGCUGCAUUCCGUAAAUACUUUCAUCGUGCAAAGCCGUCGCAGAAAGAAGAUAGUCAUGAACUUAUUGUGUGUCAUGCAAAUGUUAUUCGUUAUUUUGUUUGCAGGGCACUCCAAUUCCCUCCAGAAGGAUGGUUGCGUAUCACUUUAGCUAAUAGCUCAAUAACUUGGUUGCAAAUUAUGCCGAAUGGUCGUGUAAUUCUUCGAGCAAUGGGCGAUUUUGGUCAUUUGCCUCCAGAAAAAAUCUCGUUUUCUUAAAUUUUUUGUUAAAUAAUCUAAAUAAUAAUAAGGCGGUGAAAAAAUUAUUUCUUUUCGUUGUUGUUGAUUUUAGAUCUCCAACGGACUUUGGGGUUAUAAAUUGUUAGGGAGACAUAGUGACGGACAUAACGGGAUACUCUAGAAUAUUCUGGACUACGGGUAUUGGGACUUGAGAUCGAGAUUUUUUGAAAAGCUUGGACCUGUUCCUGGACUCUUGGCUUGAUUUAUUGACUCUGGCCGGAUCCUAGGCCGUAGUUCAAGAAAGCCCAGGUCCAGGAAACCUGGGGAAACUUUUUUGUUUUUUGCUUUAAUAAAAUUUUGUUUAACCCAGGAGGGUAAAAAAUGCCUGG